AUGCUCCAUUCCCGCGCCCUCCUCGCCUACCCCCAAGGCGCAAACGACUCCGACACCCUCCUCGGCGGCGUCCACUUCAACCUCACCGUCCUCCGCUUCUGGAACUACACUCUCUACACAAACGGCACAGUCUCCAACGGCUCAAACUGCUACGUCACAGAACAGCCCUACACACCAGUCUACCUCUUACCAAACGGCACCUUUGAAAACUCAACAUGGUGCUACGACCCCGUAAACCCAAUCGGCAAGCGCGCCGGCGUCGGCGUAGGCUUCGGCGUGGUGUAUGCCUUCGCGCUCAUGUUUGUCCUCGCGAACCUGAACCGCCAUGGACGGCAUUACCUCCCGACGACGAAGCGGUUUUACCCCAUCGGACGGCGGUGGCAGUGGUACUAUGCGAUCCUGGUCUGCGUUGCGGCGUUUAUCAGUCUGUUUACCAAUAUUGACGUCGAUCGCUUCUACGUCAUUGGGUUGCCGAUUAUCAUCAACAGCUUCUUCUGGUACCUCAUGCAAAUGUUCACCAUUGCGCUGGUCUGGGAGGCCGUCCGCCACUGGGGAAGCUGGAGCGAGAGACAGGCCAUUGACCCGGACCCGUUCUCCCUGCGCGAGGGCGAUCGUCGAAGCAAGCUCGAGUUCUGGAUGCCAUUGUGGUUCUAUCUAUGGCUGUGGCUGAACUUCUUCCUCAUCAUCCCCCGCAACUGGGGCGAAAUCGAAAAACAACGCUCCCCAGACCAAACCGCCGCCCGCGCCGCCCCCUCCGCAACAGACGCCCGCUUCAAAGCAGCAACCUUCUGCCUCGUAGUCUGCUACCUCACCAUCCUCGCCUCCCUCCGCCACUCCAUCAAACACUACUACCCCCGCAAUCGCGGUCCGCUCAACAAGUUCGCCGGCUUCCUCCGCUACACCCCCUGGCGCUUCCUCCUCAUCCUCCCCCUGACGGCCUGCCUCAUCGCCUACCAGGGUCUCGUCUCCUGGAAUUUUGCAUACUCCGUCUUGAACGCCAAAGCGAGUCUAGCGGCUGUGUAUGCCGGAGGCUACGGUCCCGCGCUGUUGAUCCUCUACACGCAAAUCGCAUACGGCUUCACCUCCCCUAAUGAAGAUAAAGAACUCAUCCGCCAGCGCCGCGAGCGCGGGACGCAAAUCGAUCGCGAGAUGGGGUACGUGCCCAAACCCGCGUGGUGGCGCCGCGCGAAGAACAACGAUCACCUCGUAAGCCAGAUGAGUAUGCGCGAGCGCAUCGCGCGCAACGUCCGCGAACUAGGCGGUGGACGCGCCACGUCCCGCGGGAUAGACGAGACGCUCGAGGCGAGGGCUGCUGAGCGCGAGCAAGCGCAACAAGCUGAGGAGCGAGAGAUCGAAAUGGGUAGUUUCCACGGGCAUUCAUCGAGACCGAAUUCCAUGCACGGGUCUCUACGACCUGGGUUUGACGCAGCGGAUCCGUCAACGUUCACUUCCUACAGCGGGAAAUCCGACCGCCGCCGCAACGAAAGGGCGAUGAACGCCGCUGCAGAACUUCUCUUCCCCGGCGCCGGACCUCGUGUCGACCGGUCCGCCGAGUUAAUGCAAGAUGGCCCGCCACCGCCGUCCUACACCGACGUCCAGAGAGGAAGCGGUGCAGGCCGGGGACGGACACCUGAAAGCGGCUCGACGGCUCAUGGGCUAGGGGAGAGGAGUCAUAGCGCGAGUACAGCCGUGUCGAUGACGCAGCAGCCGCAGCAGGUGAAGAGCAUGUUGGAUAUUUGA